AUGGAUGAAGAGUAUGAUGUCGUCGUUCUCGGCACUGGUCUCACAGAGUGCAUUCUCUCCGGUCUCUUGUCCGUCGAGGGCAAGAAGGUCCUCCACAUGGAUCGCAACGAUUACUACGGCGGCGACAGCGCCUCUCUGAACCUCACCCAGCUCUACCGCAAGUUCCGCCCUGAUCAGCAGCCGCCCGCCGAGCUGGGACGCGACCGCGACUACAACGUCGACCUCAUCCCCAAGUUCAUCAUCGCAUCUGGAGAGCUCACCCGCAUCCUCGUGCACACCGAUGUUACCCGCUACCUCGAGUUCAAGCAGAUCGCGGGCAGCUUCGUCUACCGCGAGGGCAAGAUCUCGAAGGUGCCGAGCACGGAGAUGGAGGCGGUCAAGAGCCCUUUGAUGGGUCUCUUCGAGAAGCGUCGCGCAAAGAAGUUCUUUGAGUUCUUGCAGGGCUGGAAGGACGACGAUCCGACGACCCACCAGGGUAUCGACCUCGACAAGGACAGCAUGAAGACCGUCUACGAGAAGUUCGGUUUGGAGCCGGGUACCCAGGACUUCAUUGGCCAUGCCAUGGCCCUGUACCUUGACGAUGACUACAUCACCAAGCCCGCGCGCCCAACCUACGACCGCAUCGUCCUCUACACGUCUUCCAUGGCUCGCUACGGCAAGUCACCGUACAUCUACCCCCUCUACGGCCUUGGCGAGUUGCCUCAGUCGUUCGCUCGUCUGAGUGCCAUCUACGGCGGUACCUACAUGCUCGACAAGCCCGUCGACGAGAUCGUCACUGGCGCGGACGGCAAGUUCGUCGGUGUGCGUAGCGGCUCGGAGACGGUCAAGGCGAAGCAGGUCAUCGGCGACCCGAGCUACUUCACGUCACGCGUCGAGGAGACCGGCAAGGUCAUCCGUGCCAUCUGCUUCCUCAAGCACCCCAUCCCGGGCACCGAGGACGCGGACAGCUGCCAGAUCAUCAUCCCGCAGAACCAGGUCAACCGUCGCAAUGACAUUUACAUCGCCAUGGUUUCCUCCACGCACAACGUCUGCGCCAAGGACGUCUACGUCGCCAUCGUCUCCACGAUCGUCGAGACCGACCGCCCGGAGCAGGAGAUCAAGCCUGGCCUCGACCUCCUCGGCCCCAUCCACGACAAGUUCGUCUCCAUCACGCCCCUCUACAAGCCCACCACCUCGGGCAAGGAGGACAACGUGUUCGUGACGCGCUCGUACGACGCCACGUCGCACUUCGAGACCGUCGUCGAGGACGUGCAGGACGUGUGGAAGCGCGUUGUUGGUGCGGACCUGGUGCUCAAGAAGCGCGACGUCGAGGUUGAGGCGUAA